AUGACCACUGCUACAACAACUACUACUACUGCUGCUACUACUACUACUACUGCUACUACUACUACUACUACUACUACUACAACUACUACUACUAUUGCCAGUGCUGCUGUCAUUGCACUUACUAUUACUACAGCCACUACUGCAACAGCUGCUACUGGCACAAACAAACGGCAUGAUACGUUAAUUACUUCAAAUACUACAACCUCAGUCGAUAUUAUUACCAAGGAUAUCUCGAGCAAGCAAAUCAUUGAGAUUACACAAAUCAGACGCAUUUGUAUGUGCACUCAAACAGUGCAUCUUGCGCACGAAACUGAUCUACUAUCCACGGCCAAGGGUCUACGGGUGCUGCUCAGUCAGCAUUUGAACCCGCUACGACAGCAGCCAAAGCAGCUGCAGCGACAGAAUUGUCACCACCACCAACAACAGCAGCAGCAGAACCAAUUGUUAACAACAAUGAAACAUCAAGGGAGAAUCAAAACGAACCUCACGUGA